AUGGCCGAUCCAGCGGCCAAGCUUGCUGCCAUCAACGCACGUAUCGCGGCAUUGUAUCCAGGUAGCAGUAGUGCUAUACGCGCCUCGUCCAGUCCAGUCACUCAAGCUACUCCACGUACCCAUGCAGUCCUCUCGGCCUCAGUCCUCGAUACUGUCAGCGAAAUUGGUGGCGUUCAAGAUGGCAGCGACGGCGACACCACCACCAACAGCAACACUUCGGUCAGUGCUGGCAGCGCAGGCAGCACUACCAUAGCCGCCAGCAGCACAACCACACACAAAAUCAAGAAAAACGCCCGUCCUCUGUGCCCAUCUGAUGUCGCCGAAGACCUCGACAUUGAGUUCCUCGAUCACAAGCGCCGCCACCGCUUUCCUCAAUGCGGCAUCACUGUCAAGGCUACCUCCACCAGCACUUACUCCAACGUCCGCUUCGUCGACUGCGCUUUCGAUUCGUACGAGGGCACUCUCUUCGACGAUUGUGUCCUCGAUGAUGUCGUCUUCAACAAGUGUCAUUUCAAAGACACCAACAUCGUCAAGCUGAUUGCCAAAGGCGCUCGGUUCACGGGUUGCUCGUUCAGCCAGGCGCAUCUCGAAGGCAUCACACUCGUGGAUGUGGCUGCCAUUCUCGACCUCUCCUUCGCGUUCGAACGUGUCUUUCGAGGUCCGGCGGCCGACAAGGGCGGGACCGUACGCAUUUCGGCAAUUCAGGAGUUCGAGGUCGUCAAGCAAGGCAAGAGCCAGCCGUCACGCCAACAUGGAUGGGCACAAGACAAGCACAACAAGGCCGUGCAGGGCAAUGGCCAGCUAGUCGAGGCACCUGCCUAUGCUGGUUGGGAGAAUAAGGUCAUCAAGCCGGCUACAUCAGGCGACCUGAUGAGCUUCGAGGAACCUAUGACGUUCGAAGAGGGUGAAGCCCAGGCACGUAACGACUCGCUCGUGUCGAGGGACGGACUGCUGGUUCCAGCCACCGCAAACUGGAACCGUCAAUUCAUCCGCGAGGACAAGAAUGUGGUGAAGCUGGUCAAUCGGGAGAUAGAGCAACCUGAUGAGGCCAAGAGCUUCGCUCCGACCAACUUCGUCACGCUGGAUUGGGGCGCUGAUCCUGAGACACGCAAGGAGGAAGUCAGCGACGAUUUCCAGAUUGGCAAGCGCGAGUACUACGGUACCAAGAAGAACAAGUCCAAGCGUUUCUGGGCUGAGAAGAAGGCCGAGCAGCAGGCUCACCGCCGUCGCAACAUACCUGGCGCGCCACACUACUACUAG